AUGACUCCAGUCUUGGUCACUAGUUCUCUCUUCAUCUCCCUCUCUUCAACACAUCCUUCUACUUCUCUUUGCAGAUUUAUCUGUAUGCUACCUCCUGUUCUCUGGGGUUACACGGCUUCUUUUUUCCCCCACCGAAUGGGGGUGUACAGUCCGUAAAUUUUCACUUUGCCUAAGGAUCACCACAUAGAACCCCCUCCAACCACCCCCCCGCCCCCCCAAUAAAGGACGCCUCGUCCACAUUUGGCUUCUCUUCCUUGGGGGUUCUUGGCUCUCCGUGUAACUGGUUUUCACUUGGUUACAUGCCCCCAGGAGCCGCUGAUUAUUUCCAAGUUCCACCACACAGCAGCUCAUCACUUUACCGUGAUUUGGGAUAUCAUGGAAUAUCUGUUUGAAUUCUGGAUGCAUUUUUCUCACUGUCAUCUUGCUUCCUGAAAUUUCCUCUGGUGUUGAGGGAAAGCUAAAAGAAUGAAGGCUCUAACCCCCCAGUGGAAGCAUGAUAUGGUGGACCAGAGCCGCUGCUGAAGUGUUCUCUCUGAUGGCUCUAUGGGAGUGGAUAGCACUGAGUCUGCAUUGCUGGGUUUUAGCGGUUGCUGCUGUUUCGGAUCAGCAUGUCACAAGCCCCUUCGACUGGCUCCUGUCUGAUAAGGGACCCUUCCAUCGCUCACAGGAAUACACAGAUUUUGUGGACAGAAGUCGCCAGGGAUUUAGCACGAGAUACAAGAUAUACAGGUAUGAAGCAAAGGGAAAGCCAUCGUGGAGGGAGUUUGGCCGCUGGAAAGUAAAUAACCUUGCAGUUGAGAGAAGACAUUUCCUUGGCUCCCCUCUGCCUCUUGCCCCUGAAUUCUUCCGCAACAUAAGACUUUUGGGACGUCGACCUACCCUUCAGCAAAUCACUGAAAACCUUAUCAAGAAAUAUGGGACCCAUUUCUUGCUAUCUGCUACUCUGGGAGGAGAGGAGUCACUCACAAUUUUUGUGGACAAGCGGAAGCUGAGCAAACGAGCAGAAGGAAGUGAUUCCAUCACCAAUAGCUCUUCGGUCACUCUGGAGACUCUGCAUCAGCUAGCUGCCUCCUAUUUCAUUGACAGGGACAGCACCCUCCGGAGACUUCAUCACAUUCAAAUCGCAUCCACUGCCAUAAAGGUAACAGAAACACGAACAGGUCCUCUUGGCUGCAGUAACUAUGACAACCUAGAUUCUGUCAGUUCUGUUCUGGUUCAGAGUCCUGAGAAUAAGAUUCAGUUGCAAGGGCUGCAAGUGCUCCUUCCAGACUAUCUUCAGGAGCGUUUUGUUCAAGCAGCUUUGAGCUACAUUGCUUGCAAUUCAGAGGGAGAAUUUAUCUGCAAGGACAAUGACUGCUGGUGUCAGUGUGGCCCCAGAUUUCCAGAGUGUAACUGCCCCUCCAUGGACAUCCAAGCCAUGGAAGAGAAUCUCCUUCGAAUAACCGAAACCUGGAAAGCCUACAACAGUGAUUUUGAGGAAUCAGAUGAAUUCAAGUUCUUUAUGAAAAGGCUACCCAUUAGUUAUUUCCUCAACACGUCUACCAUAAUGCAUUUGUGGACAAUGGAUUCUAAUUUUCAGCGCCGCUAUGAACAACUGGAGAACAGCAUGAAGCAACUUUUCCUAAAGGCGCAGAAGAUUGUACACAAGCUCUUCAGCCUUAGCAAGAGGUGUCAUAAACAACCCCUCAUUAGCCUCCCAAGACAAAGAACCUCCACCUACUGGCUCACACGCAUCCAGUCUUUUCUCUACUGCAAUGAGAACGGCCUCCUGGGCAGCUUUUCCGAAGAGACGCACUCGUGCACGUGUCCCAACGACCAGGUGGUCUGCACGGCGUCCCUGCCCUGCACGGUGGGCGACGCGGCCGCCUGCCUCACCUGCGCCCCCGACAACCGCACCCGCUGUGGCGCGUGCAACGCGGGCUACAUGCUGAGUCAGGGGCUCUGCAAGCCCGAGGUGGCCGAGUCUACGGAUCACUACAUCGGCUUCGAGACCGACCUGCAGGACCUGGAGAUGAAAUACCUGCUGCAGAAAACGGACCGGCGCAUAGAAGUCCACGCCAUUUUCAUCAGCAACGACAUGCGCCUCAACAGCUGGUUCGACCCGUCCUGGCGGAAGCGGAUGCUGCUCACCCUGAAAAGUAACAAGUACAAGUCCAGUCUGGUCCAUAUGAUCUUGGGCCUCUCUUUACAGAUUUGCUUAACGAAAAACAGCACCCUGGAGCCCGUGCUGGCCGUGUACGUGAACCCCUUCGGGGGCAGCCACUCCGAGAGCUGGUUCAUGCCUGUCAGUGAGAAUAGCUUUCCUGACUGGGAGCGGACUAGGCUGGACCUCCCGCUGCAGUGCUACAACUGGUCCCUGACCCUGGGGAACAAGUGGAAGACGUUCUUUGAGACCGUGCACAUCUACCUGAGGAGUCGCAUCAAGUCCAACGGACCCCAUGGCAACGAGAGCAUCUACUACGAACCUCUGGAGUUCAUUGACCCUUCCCGGAACCUGGGUUAUAUGAAAAUCAACAACAUUCAAGUGUUUGGCUACAGCAUGCACUUUGACCCCGAGGCCAUCCGGGACCUGAUUUUGCAGCUGGACUACCCCUACACUCAGGGAUCCCAGGACUCUGCGCUUUUGCAACUUCUAGAGAUAAGAGACCGUGUAAAUAAACUGUCCCCACCUGGUCAGCGCCGUCUAGAUCUCUUCUCUUGCUUGCUUCGUCACAGACUCAAGCUGUCUACUAGUGAGGUGGUGAGGAUCCAAUCUGCUCUGCAGGCUUUCAAUGCCAAAUUGCCAAACACAGUGGAUUAUGACACGACCAAAUUAUGUAGUUAACCAUUAAUGUCAAGCACAACCCAAAAUCUUGGAGGAGUUUUUACAGUGCUUUUGUGGAACAGUUUAUGUUUGGAAGAGUGAAUUUAAAUUGUCUUUUCAAUAUCUGUCUUAUACCCGUCAAUAACAUUGGAUGGCAAUUUACACACAUGAACUUGCUGACAAUGAAUAUAUUAUACUGCAGUAUUGGUUUAUGAAUGAAAUAAAUACUGACACCAGUCUAGAAGACAUUCUACUUUUUACAAUAAAUUUCAUUUGUAAUUUUAUAUGUUCCGUGGCAAUGCUUUUGUGCAUUACAUCCUCUAGCGGGAACAUAAAGAGAUACCAAUAAAAUUUUGUAGCUGAACAGUUAUUAAAAAGAAGUGCUGUGGGAUUCCUUUUUUCCAUGAAAUGAGUUCUAUUUUGAUAUAGCUUGUUAGAACCUGGGGAAAAUUCACCAAGAUUUUUUUAAAUGGAAACAUUUGAAAGUCCCUUUCAAUAGCCUUCAGGGAAAACCCAACCUGGUAGAAUACUUAGUAACCAGUUAUAUUUUUAUGGUUAACAGCAAGGUGGAGAUGGCAUAUUCGUUACCUAUACUUAUAAACCAUUUCUAAAAAUACCAUCGUCAUUAAAAGAAACAGAGAAACUAUUUCCCAACUAAAUAUCAGAACAUUUGGGCAAACAUACAGGAAAGUCGGCAUGAUUAG